UUCAAGUCGUGAAGAGUCACGAGGCAUUUCCAGGUCACUUCCUGCACAGAAUGCCCGGAAGUUUUUCCACAUUGAAUUUCCAGAAAUGGUGGUCCUGGGGCCAUUCGAUCGGCGGACGGCUCGCACCAGAUGCAUGGCCUGUGCACGACGCAAAAUCAAGUGCGAAGGCGGUUCUCCCUGUCAGUAUUGCAUGAAAAGAAAACAGCAAUGCGUUCCUCAGGCAAUUCAGCCCCAGGCUAGUAUAGUCUUUGUUAAUGCCUCGGCACCAUGCAAACGCUCGGGCUGUCUCCCGCUCGCCCCCCAGCUUCCUACGCUGAGGCUCUGCCCUAAGGUUUCAGAAGGAAGCUCAGCUCUCUUUGUCAAGCAUUUCUUCUCCGGCUUUCUGGCCCGAAAUGACUUUGGAGGCCCCUUGGACCUUGGCACUAUCAUAUCGGAAUUCCAGAGAUCUCCCAGCAUGUAUCAUGCAUCCAUUGCACUGGGUGCACUUGAUCUGAGCAGGAGGCCGGUGCCGACUUUACCCUCGGAAAGGAAAGAUGCGGCUGUGGAAGCAUUCACAGCCUACCACACCUCGAUCGCCAAAUUGAAGGCCGAGAUUAUAAGCAACAAAACCCCUAGAGAUGUCAAUCUAUGGACCACAUUCUUCUUGGGGCUGUUUGAACUCAUGCAUGAUGUUACUGGAGAAGGCUGGGUGAAACAUUUUCUGUACGGCACGUCCACAAUGCUUCAGCUUCGCGGUCCAGAAGCUCAUAUAGCUGGCCCCGGGCGUUCUUUCUUCCUGACCGCACGGGUCUUUGAGAUUUGCCGCGCACUUAUAUACUCCGAACCUACUUUCCUCUGCCAGCCGGAAUGGACAUCACUCACGAAUAAGAUUUGGAACGAGGGUGAUAACGAGCACUGGCAUCCAAAAGAACUAUUAUUCGAUCUGAUGAUCGAAUGUUCUUCGAUAAGUGACCGCGUAUGGGAUCUGCUUAAACCGGGCUCAAACUUUCCAAACAUGCUCCUUCACAGGGCCCUCCUUGAGCUUGCCGCUGAAGGUUUCGUUAUCCGGUCAGCUCUCGCUGAUUGGUUUGCGAACUUCCAAAAAUGGUCGGCCGGUACUGGCACGCCCAUAUCUCAUCCGAGCUCCGUUCUCGCAACAAUCUAUUUUCACGGCAUUUCCAUCUAUCUAUCCGGUAUCUACGACUAUCGCGCUCAAUUCAACAAAAUACCCACUCCCACAAUCUCACAGGCUGCUGUUCAGAAUCACGUUGAUGAGAUUCUACGAGUGACUGAGAUCUCUUUGAAGACCGGAAACCUGGCGGCUGUGUUGUUUUUCUUUCCCUUGAGAGUGGCAGGUGCAAGAGUAAUGACCGCUCGAGAGGCGGAGUCAAUUUGUGCGAUGCUUGAAGAGAUUAAGAUGAGGGGUUUCGUGGUUGCAAACGCAUUUACGGCGAAUUUGAAGUCUGUAUGGCUUGAAUGACGCUCAUUCAUGGCUAGGAACUGAAUCCAAGGUAAUGGAAAGAUACCACUGAAGAAUUUAACAAGGAUCUCAAGUACUCUGUCUGAUUCGACAGAAGAGCGAACUAGGUGAAUGGCCCAAGAGACGGACGCGUACGAAAGAAACAUGGGGAUCUUGCGCUGUCGGAUUUUCGUUCUCAGAGACAGAUCGCAAAGGGAAUAUAGACAUUGAAAGAGGAGCUCCUCAUUCACGUCGUGCGCAUCGAGGGAGAAUGGAAGCCUGGUGCAAGCUUUGAGGUAUUCCCGUGCUGUCUGAUGAACCAAAACGACGUAAUCGCUGGAGUUUAUGACCACAAAUUGACCACAAAUUUCACUGAUUGUGUGUUUGAGGUCUAUAACCGUCCGGCGUUCCGAGGCAUAGGGCUUCAUGAGCUCUUCAAUUUUGACAGGUCUGGUCGAGUACAUGGCCCGAGAAAGGAGUAUCUUGAAAAGUGUUGCAUUUUCCUCUCUGUCAACUUUUGCAAUGGCCUCGGUCAUUCCAUGAUAGAGCUUGUCCAUGCCAUCUGGCGUUGCC